AUGGAUUUAAAGCAGCCUCCAACGCCAGACUUGACCUCCGCGCAUGAUGGCUUCGAUGACCGACCCAUCAGCACGAGGAAAGCCACACCUGUGAAGGUCUUGGGUCUGCACAUUCGCGUUCCGGAAAUUCGUUCGCGUGCCUACGUUGAUUUCCUAGGAGCGCGCAUCAUGCGACAAUACCAAACCGUGUUGGACAUGCCUGAAUCGGCGGCCCUAACAAUUCAGGCCCGGCUGCGUGAGUCAGUGGUUUGCGAGUCUGUCUCGAUGCGUUCUCAUAUCGAGAGCAUCUGGGCUGAUGUGCAGCCACUUCACUCGGCUCUGCAUGAUCUUCACGCUUGGGCUCAUGCCGUUGUAGCAAAAGCGCCAACAUCUGCCGGCGAAACCGCAUCGCCCCGUCCAUCAGCGCCAGCUGCGUCUGGACGGCACGGUCUUCAGCGGCGAGCGCCCUCGUUCCUUGCGUAUUUUGCUGGAGCCUCCAUCUCACUAGCGCAUGCGCAUUUCAGGCUCUCACUGCCCGGCACGCCGCAUGCUGAGGCGAACACGACGCUCGUUGGGCUGCAUGCAUCGCUAGAAAACAGCAAUCCAUCUGACGAGGCACACCAAGCGUGGUUUGGUGCGUGCGGUGUCAGACGCCGUGCACUUGAUCGCGAGCGCAUUCGUCUCUGUGAAGCGCGGCGCAUCUUCUUUCUAAACGCGUCGUUGGCCAGCAUCAAGACAUUCUUGCAUGCGGGCCCGACGAAACGGCCGAAUGCUAACACCAUGCUUGCCAGUGUGUCGCAGCUAAAAUGCUGGGUCCGUACCUCUGUCACGCCGUUUGGCAUUCUGCCGUCUCUCACGCAUACGAACCGGCAUCCGCUCUUUUUUGCGUCUGAUCCAAAUGAGGCUGCAGUCGCCAUUCGACUCAGCGUUGGGCAGAUUCGUAGUGCACCAGACGUGGCAGGUCUCACACGCCUGGCAGGCGCGCUGCGUGCGCUCCCCAGCCAAAGGGCCCCGCCUCCGCACGACACAGAGUCCACUGUGCAGCCGCCGUCACAGAGGCCUGUGUCGCUCCCACGAAUUGCUCUACUAGUGCAGGUGGAGACGGUCGACUUGAUUGUGCACCGCGGUGCUUCACGGCAUGCUUGGGAUGAGGAUGGUGGGGCACUCGUCAUGUCGAUCCCCAAGGUGCACAUCACAAUGCAGGCAUCGUACAGUGAGCGUGUAUCGGCGCUGCGUGAUGUGUGGCGCGGCGUCACUACGCAGAACCUGAAUUUCGAGACGUGCCCGAUGCAGUACACCCUCGACUCUAUGGCGGGCUUCGCGGCGCUCAGCACCUAUCUGACCGGCUCCAAGCACGACUCCAUCGCUCACUGUGAUAUCUUGCACAUCAAGGCGCCUGAGCUCUCGUAUGCCAUGCGCGUGCCGACGUCCGUUGAUGCGCUGUCUUGGACGCCUCAUCCGCCAGCGUCAAAGCCUUUUUUUCAGCAGCUUCCGUCGCACCGCUUUAUGCAUGUUGGGAUCGGGCGCAUCGCUGUGUACAUUGGCUCGUCUGACAUGAACUUUGAGCCAGAGGUUCGUCGCGGCGUGGGACUGGUGCUUGGCCCAACGGUUCUGGACUAUGCGCGCUUGGAGUCAGCUCGGUCUCUGGAGCCUGAGGAGCGCAUUUCCCGAAAUGCGCGGCAAGCGCUGCGGCUGCCCGAACACAUUGGCAUUUGCGCUCAUACUGUGGCGCUUCAAGAAGGCACGGGUGCAGCUUGCAAGCUCGUGCAGCACGGGCUUCGUGUGUUUCCCAUCGUUCAUAUGGCCGCGAUGCGCGAUCCUCCCGUCGAGCCCAGUGAGAAGCAGGAUGCGCAGGCCAUUUAUGUGCAGGACCAAUGGGACUUUGAGUCAUUGAACGACUUUUUCUGUGCGGCGCGCCAAGAACCGCGGAUGCACCAGCUGCAACACGGCACAGAGAUUUUGCAUAUCCCUGAGCUCUUCGCGGAUGCUCAGUUUCGCCCCAUCGUGCCGAACAUGCGGCUGGAUGUGCGCCUUCCUCACCGCGUGGAUUUACGGAUCGUGUUAACCAAUUCGUACUGUGUUCUAAUGGCUGCCGAGACAGUAAAGCGUUUUGUCGAUGCCGUUCGGCCCGCGGCCGAUGGCGGUGCUGAUGACGCAGUCGCUCGUCCUACCAUGUCGCCCGAUACACACACAGCAUCGCCCCGGGCAGAGCCAACGACUUCGUCCCUCCACAUCUACGUUAGCAUUCCACGCAUCGGUGUUCAUGUGGCUCUGCCGCACGAGCGUCGCCUCUUCCUGCUGAUCGAAAAUGCGUCAGUCCGCGUGCGCGCGGGUAUACGUGUGUCCUUCGACUCACUGCGUGCGCGCGUGCCGCCAGAGCUCGAAGACUCGCACUUAUGGGACGAAGGCGUUAUUGCUCGUCGCAUGUUUUUCUCGUACGGCGAAACUCCUUCCUCGCCCAAGACCAUCUGGGUCACGGGCGAGUGCCUGCAUGUGCGCAUCCCCUACGGCUACCAUACACACAAGCUUGUUGAGGCAUCGAUCGUCGCAUUCAAAGCAACGAAGCAGCUGUUUUUUCAAUUCGUUCGUGGGUACACAACGAGCGCGAUCUAUCCUCACAAUGAGGCCCCCAAACACCUGCCGCGUGUCUCGCUGCGUCUCGGCAUGUUCGUUUUGGAAGCGGCUGAUCAUUCGUUCGAUGCCGCCCUCAGUCUCAUCUUCCGUGCUGGUCUGGAUGAACAAAUGAUGCGCAUGGAGCGCGAGCGAGUAUUUGAACAACGGGCGAGUGACGUGUCGCCGGCUCAAGCCGCUGAAAUGCGCGAGCGCUUGCACGCACUGCAGUCGUCGAAUUGGAUUCGUCGCUGGCACAAUGCUCGCCAUGUGCGUUCCCAGCGCGAGCGCGCGCUGUACGCCUACAUUCACAAGCGUUUGUACAACCCACAUGAAGUGCACGAAGGCGACAGUGAUAGGCAAGUACGUACAUGGCCUGCUGAGCCGCCGCUCUGCCGCCUGUCCAUGACCAUGUUCAGCUUCGAACUGUCGCAGCCGACAAGCUUCGCCCUGGACGACACACAUACGUGGCUGCAUCAACAAGCAGGCAAUCCCGUGGACCUCGAGUAUACAACGCUGAUUCCUAUGCAUGCUCGCAUCUGCAUGUCGGAGUGUAUGAUUCGCAUGCGUGACUACCCUCUGCCUCUCUUACACAUCCCGCCGCGCGAUGACAUGGACAUCUGCUUCGAUGCAGAGGGCGACGUCGUCAUUGCCGAGCAGCUGGGAGACGAGUUCUCCGUGCGCCACGUUAAGACCACGAUCGUGCCUGCCGUUGAUAGUCGGCAUGGUGCAGAACAUGGCCUUCUCGUUCCCAAGAGCGCCAUGUCGCCCAAGUUUUAUGGCCCCGUUACGAUCCAUGUGUCGUCACAGCAGCCGACUAUAUUUACGUGGGGCCAGUCACUCCAGCCCGCGUUCCACGACUUUACGCGCGUCAUCGAUGCGAUUAUAAGUCCUCCGCAUGAUCCAUCCCGGAAGCCCGGUCCAUGGGACAAGCUGCCCUUCCAGCUCCAGGGCCAAGUCCAGAUUUUCUUCGAGAAUGAUGUACACCUCCAUUUAAAGGGUUCUCGCAGUCCGUACCAACUGACAGGCGCCGGCAGUGGCUGGGUCAUGGUGUGGCGCCGGCAUAUUGAGUUGCGUCUUGGAUACGAGAACCCAGACAUGGAAUUCUUGCAGGUGCGUAGUGGCGAGCACUUGUUGGCUGUGCCUGAUUUGCGUCCUCUGCUAGAUCCAGCGGCCUUGGGUCUUUCUAGUGAGCAGUGUGACGCCUGCCCAGCUGCUCAUUCGGUUUUGGUGCGUAAGGACUCGAUGCCAUCGUUGCGUCUCGACAAGAUCAGCUGGCAGCUCUGCGGUGGCGUGCGCUGGGGCAUGGGUCUCGUGUCGGAGCGAACAUGCACGAACGACACAUGCGAGCGUGUACCGCGUUGUGAAGGCCCACCAUUCUAUCGCCAAUGCCGCUUCUUCGGGCGCAUUCCACAUUGGCAGGUGCGGUUGCGCUCAUUCGAAGGCUACGAGCGUCUGCCGCCGGAGCAGAAGCGCGAUUCGUAUCUGGGUUGGCGUUCUGACUUUAUGCAUAUGUCAUUUUCCCUCCAGGCCAUCGGCAGCGAUCGCGAGCACCAAAAUGCAGCGGACAAGUCGGCCUCACGCAACUGCUUGUAUUUGACGCUCCGCACGUGGAACCAUUUCCGCGACUGGCUCCACCUGUUCAAUGGUCGUUUGAAUUUGCCGGUUCGGCAAGGUAAAGUGUUUCCCAAACCACCUGGCGUCAAAUCGCCCAAGUUUGGCCUGUUCCUCGCCACUAUCAAAUACCGCUUCCUGGUGACUGGCCUGCAUCUCUCUCAUACGUACCAGCAGCAUUCUCAAUACGACCUGAGGCAUGGACUUCGGACAUUCGUGGGCGUCAAGGCAAAGCUUGGCACAUUCUACCUCGAUCUGCAUCAACGUAUGCAGGAGUCAAUCCAUCGCCCGCCCGUGCCGAACGCUAAUACGCGACGCUCGGUACGCAAGCCGCUGUAUGAAGCCGAAGUCGAUGUGAGCAAACUCGACAUAUUCUCGCUGUGUGCGCGGUUCUGUGAAAAUCAUGGCUACACGAAUUUGCCCAAUACAUCCAUCGAGUCCCAACACGACCUGCUGCGGGAUGUGUUUUUGGGCAUGGAUGAAGAAGAUACUGCUGAUCAACGUAUGUAUGAUGGGCUUGACUUUUCCGAAAUGGGCAUGUUCCCUUGUAGCGACAAGGAGCCCUUGGUCCACAUCCGCAAGAUUAUGACGCUUGCUCGAUUCAAUUUCCAUCGCCUCAUUGAGCCCUCUCACCACAUGGCCCGGCGCCCCAGCACCAUGCGUCCGCCUAAUCCGUUUGAAUCUCAGUUGCUUGGCUCGCCUGCACCGUCAACAGACCCCGCGCCGCAUGCCAGCGACGCGUCUGCGAGGUCGACAGCUAUUGCACAUCAGCGCAUGAGUGUGGAUGAGGGUCUGACACGUCCGCAAAUGUCACCUGAUCGAUCGACUCGUUCGUUGUCGUUCUCCUUGCCGCCACUUUCGACGUACUCGAAAUUUGGCCACGAGCACACGCACACAUGCUUGAUCCGGCGCUCGAGCUCAGUGAUGGAUGAGCAAUUGGCACUCGAGCGCCAGCGUCUUGACCACCUCACCAGUGAUAUCAUUAUGCUCAAGUCGAUGCUGGAUUUGACAAAGUUCCACAUUGCCGGUCAGCGCGCAUCGCAUCUUGAGCAGCUUGCUUGUUUACAAGAGGCUCAUGAACGUGUCAAGAGCAAUAUCGCCAUGCUUGAGCAACCAGCCAACGCACAAGACCCAUCUGAUGAUGGUCGGGCUGACUCGUCAUCACAAGCACGUACUUUCCAUCAACUCCUCGAUCAAGAAGAGCCGGAUAGCAAAUACCAUGCAUUCCAUGAAGAGUGGGACUCAUUCAACAACCAGGUGUUCGUGUUCAAUCCUGUGGCCGUGCUGAUUAGCAAGACACGCGAUGUCCUUUUGCAGUACUACAACAACACUCAAUUGCAUCGCAGCUUCCUACAGCGUCUCAGUAUCGUUGAGCAGCGUCAAAUCCACGCACUUCUUGAGCGUGCACGUAUGUACAUCGACCAGCAAGCGCCGUCUGGUGACAUGGAAGAUGCAUCAAUGCUGCUGGACGAUGUGAUUGUGGACACAACACGUCUUGCUUGUGCCAACCUGCCAGACACUUUCCUGAAUGACUUUGGCGCCGACAGCAGCAGCGAGUAUCGGCCUAACGAUGGCAUUUCAGACGAGUUUCUCUUGCGGAAGAAGACGAUUUGCCUGUGUGUGCAGCCUGAGGUGAUCGUCCACAGCCGCAUUGGCGAGAAAUCGACACUUAUUUUCCAUGCGGAUCAGAUGCGCUUACGCAACUAUGCGCUCAGUGACAGCAUGUACGACGAACGCUCGAUCAACCACAACGUGUUGCAUCGCAACUUUAUUUCGAUGCGCUCAUUGCAAGUUUUCCACACGGACCGAGCUAUUCACUUCAAUCCCGAGUCGUACAAUACACUCGAGUCGCUUCAGCUUCCGGUUGAAGCACUCAACGGACAACGAGUGCCUGGUUACCAGCGCCUCGUGCGUGGCACACACGCCUUUGUCAUAUACGAUAAGCACAACCGCCUACGACUGCAUGACCGCACGCGCUCGGUUGUUGCGGCGGAUCGCUUGGAUGAUCCCUCUGUUAAUUAUUUGCAGCAUAACAUGGACCUGAUCCAGCUUAUGUGCCCUCGUUUCACGCUCACGGCAACAAGUGAACAGUAUGCGGCUAUAUACAACGUAUACACAGAUCUACUGAUGCACACAGAUCCCUUGCACGAGGAGCUGGAGCGGCAUCGAGACUCGCUCGCAUACAGCUACUCGUUUGAUGAUCCAGACUACUUCGUGCGCGUAAUUGCCUCUUAUCAGCGGCAGAUUCAUGAUCUAAUCAACCUCAAGCAAGCCUUCGAAUCUGACUAUGCGCUCCUCAAUUCCGAAGGGCAUGCGGAAUACGUCCGCAUCUGUAUUCGGGUGAUGGAUCUGUAUGUGGAUCUAUGCAUGUUAGAGGAAGCUAUUUUCAUGUCACAUGCCUCAGCACGCGAUCGGACGAAGCAUUUAGCCUUGCUCCUUCGCGCAUGUGCGAACUCCAUGGAAUGGAACAUGAUCAGCCGCGAUGCUGCGCCGAAAGACACCAACGGCAUGCUUGUUCGUCUCUCUCUGCAAGGCAACUCAUUUUCAUGCAUGUCCCUCGUCAGCGGGACGUCGAUCAACUGUGUCACGACGAAGAAUCUGCAGGCGCGCAACGCACAUCCCAGUGCAUACUUUGAAGACAUCAUCAGCAAAUACUAUCCGCCAGCUGGACACCCAAUGAUUGAUCAAGAUCGUUUCCUUCUUGCACAUUGGCUCUUACUCGCUCCGUCAGGAGGCAUCAAAAUUGUCGAUCGGAGCGAGUUGCAUAUACACCCAGUUCGAGUUCAGCUUGAGCUGCGUUUGGGCCGCCAGGUCAUGGACUAUUUAUUCGGCUCUCGACGCACACAGGCAAAAGAAGAAGAAGAGGCCGUCCAUAAACGAACCUGGCUCAAGCAGAUUUUGUCCAUGUCCCGCAAGGCACGAAAUACUUUGCGCUCCACGAGUCCCACGUCUGAAUCUGACUCGGAUACCCUUGACUCAGAGUCUGACAACGAUAGUGAUGAGCCAGGCGACAGUGGCAGUGUUAUAACUCCGAUAUCACCUUCCACCAUGGAUGAUACCGGAUCUUUCACGUUUGCGCGACAGAGUCGUUGGGAUCCUGAUACUGACAAAUUCGUGGCGACAAAUGCAAUACGCUCGGAGAUGUUGCGCCGUGCAGAAAAGAACCUGUCGUUUGUGCAUGUGAUGAUCGCUGCAGUGGCUGUUUGCCUUUCGUACAAAGGUGAUGGUGAGCACUCGUUGACGAAUUUGUACGACUUGGACUUUCAGCUCCCGCGCCUUGAGUAUAAGAACGCGAUUGGCUCUUACAGGGAUCUCAUUGAUUUGCUCCGCAAAGACAUGAUUCGCAUCGCCUGGGAUCACCGUCACACGCUUCUGAAAGGUGUCAUAUCUACGAACUCUCGCAAGCAUGCACUCCUAAAACGGUUACGUGCGAAUCGUAUCUCCAAGUACGGCGAUGCAGCAAGUGUUGACUUGCAGAAUGAACGUUUAGGCGAUGAGGAACUUGCGGCAGCUGUCGUUGCCAGCAUGACAGUUGCUCCUGGUGACUUGGAUGAAGUUGUGGAUCCAAUGGAUGUGUUGAACUCACCGUCCUUACCAGAGUCCUACCCCUCACAUGCUCCUCAUUCUGCAGACCCGGAAUCAGCAACGGACACGCAUCUAGACGCGAAUACACCGGACACAAGCUCACCGUCUGCGCCCGGUCGCACGUCCAAGUGGCGACAUGCAUUCUCGUCACGACUUCAUCAUGUAGCCGAUGAUGCGGCCUCCUUUGUCUCACACCACAUCAACGAAGAACAAGAUCAUUUUAAACGACUCAAGCGGUUCCUAUAUCGUAAAAAAGAUACAUAA